UUGUAUUGUUUCAACUCACCCAGGAGAGUUCCCAGUUCCUAUAUAUAGGGUAUAUAUGAACAGGGAGAAGACCAAUAAUUUUAUUCCACAUAAAAAAAUUAUGCUACAAAGAAAGUGAAACACCAUUGGAUCAAAGAGGAAAACAAUAGAAAGUAGUCAGCAGGACUAUUUUUAAAAUCUCCAGGAUGCAGUUAGGAAGAGCCAAAGGAAAUGUUUCCCGAAGCACAAGCCAAGGAAAAACCUUUGAGAAUCAAUGUAAGACAGCACGGCAGCGGAAGAGAUGGGGAAUGACUUCCCGAUUUGACACAGGUUUCAGUAGAUUUAGAAACAGCCUAGAGGAGAAACCCUAUAAAUGUACUCAAUGUGAGAAAAGUUUCAGUCAAAGUUCAACUCUUUUUCAGCACUUAAAAAUUCACACUGGAGAAAAAUCCCAUAAAUGUGCUGAUUGUGGAAAAAGCUUCUUUCAGAGCUCAAAUCUCAUUCAGCACCGACGUGUCCAUACUGGAGAAAAACCCUAUAAAUGUACUGAGUGUGGGGAAGGAUUUAAACAGAGCUCAAAUCUCAUUCAGCAUCAGAGAAUUCACACUGGAGAAAAGCCCUAUCAGUGUGAUGAAUGUGGCAGAUGUUUCAGUCAGAGUUCCCAUCUUAUCCAGCAUCAGAGAACCCACACAGGAGAGAAACCCUAUCAGUGUAUUGAAUGUGGCAGGUGCUUUAGCCAGAGCUCUCACCUUAGUCAACAUAUGAAACUGCACAGAGAAGAGAGACCUCAAAAAAUCCGUGGCAAAAAUCCUAGGGCAAAAACUAGUUUAGUAUCAGGUUGGAGAAUUCAUACAGGAAGGAAAUCAGUAUCUUUGCUGUGCUAAAUAAAACAGAUACACCAUUUAGGCCUGCUUUAAUAAAAAUGAAAAAAAAAAAAAAA